UGAUUUUUUGGUAUCAUAUUUGAAAUUACAUAAACUUUGAACUUUAACUUUUCGGUUAUUAUAAUAAUAAUAAUAAAGUAAUGAACUUUCUGUAUUUUUUGGGAGUUUCUGUGAAUUUGAUUGUGUUAUUUUUGAAGAAACAAUUUUUUUUUGGCAGUUAUGAUCAAGUUGAUUUAGGGGAAGGGAAUUCGUUAAAAAUUUCCUCUUUUUUCUCUUUUAAUUAGUAUUAUUAAUUUUUAUUACUAUUAUUAGCAAAUAAGUUUUUGGGUUUGGCAAAUUUUGAAAAAAAGUUUACUGCAACUGUUUAAUUCUACUUUUAGAUUGUCAAUACUUGUUUUGCUUUUAAGCUUUUGUUAAUUAAAUUUUUAUACUUUUGAUCAUUUUUUAUGAUGUUGUUUUUGGUUGAAAUUAUAUAUUAUUUAUACCACAUUUUUCCAUUGAUAGUUUUUCUAAUACAGUGGUGUCACUGCAAUGCAACUGGCAGGAACCACUCUUAAUUGCUUUCUUCACUUUAAAGUUAGAGCCUUUUUGAAGGCAUGGCUGUUUCAUUGAACCCUUUCUUAUCAUGGAACAUGUGGGGUGGUGGUGGUGGUAGAAGGAAAGAAGAGAAAGAGCCGGUUUCUAAUGGUUCUUCGCUGAAUUCACCAACGAAUUCGGAGUGGAACCUUGGUUUGGUGAAGGAAAGCAAGAAGGUUCCACAGCCACGGCCACAUAGGAAGGUUGGAAGGAAGAGAGAGGAUAAAGGGGAAGAGACGGGAAUUGAUAGAGAGUUUGAUGGUGUGUUUGUGGCGUCUGAUGAUAGUGGUGAUUGGUGUUUUUUGUCUGGUUCCGAAUCGGAUGACUCGGAUUGGUCUAUUGGGUGGUUGGAGCCUCUUGGUUCUGAUUUUGAAAGCAGUGAUAAUGAUCAUGAUGAUGACGAUGAGUCUGGGCGUGAUAGUUUUGCUGUUUUGGUUCCUUGUUAUUCACCAGGCUGCCAAGAGGUUGAAGGAACAAACAAUGUGCUCUUGAGUGCUCUUAAGAAUCUUCCCAAUGGAUUUGCUUCAGAUGGGAAGAGUUACAUGGAACAAUGGUUGGCUUCUCUUCAGGGUUUUGGAACUUAUAAGGAAAAAACAACUUCUUCACAUUGAUGGUCUUUGCUAACAAACUGUCAUUUUCUCUGUUAACUGAGAUGUCACUUUUCUCUAUCUAAUGGUAGAAAACACUACAAAAGUCAUUUUAUUUUUGGAGGGGCUAUUAGAAUUCUUAACUGAUAUACAUUUGGGGACAUUUAUCUUAUUUAUAUUCAUUAAUGUUCUACAA